UUGCCUUGAUCCGGUGCUUUUCUCCUUUGAGAUGCUUUGCGAGCUCUCUCCUCCCUCCUUCAACUAGAUACACAUACGCACGCACGCACGCACACGCACGCACUCACACACACACUCACACACACAAACACGCACACACAGGUUUCAUCUUGAACUUGCGAGGUUUUAUAUUGGGAAUCUAAAAUAGGAGAGGAGCAACCCAGUGGGAUACGGAGCGCUUACGCGCCUUCAUCAAGGACCCCUUUGGAGAGGAUAAGGACCCUUGUUGACACUUUUUUUUUGUCGCUUAUCUCUUUUUGCCUCCUCCCUUUCAGUUGGUUUUUUAUUGCUAGCUAAUCCGGAGGAUUUCUUUUUUCCCCCAUUCUUCUUUUUCUUGUUCUUGUUCUUUUUUAAUUAAUCCGCUCGAAUAGCCGGUUUCGAGGGCCGUUUUCAUGUUUUCCAUCCAGGACGGUCUCCCACGGGGAGCGCUCACCAUGAAGGAAGAACCGCUCGCCAGCGGCAUGACUCCGGUGCGCUCUUGGAUGCAGAGCGCCGGGAUACUGGACGCAAACACGGCCGCGCAAAGUGGUGUCGGUUUGGCCCGAGCUCACUACGAGAAGCAGCCUCCCUCCAACCUGCGCAAAUCCAACUUCUUCCACUUCGUCCUGGCGCUGUAUGAUCGUCAGGGGCAGCCGGUGGAAAUCGAGAGGACGUCCUACGUCGACUUCGUGGAGAAAGACAAAGAAUAUAACGGUGAAAAGACCAACAAUGGCAUCCACUACAGGUUACAGCUCCUCUACAGUAAUGGAAUCAGGACCGAGCAGGACUUGUAUGUACGGUUGAUUGACUCCAUGACUAAGCAGCCAAUCAUGUACGAGGGCCAGGACAAGAACCCAGAGAUGUGCCGCGUUCUUCUUACCCAUGAGAUCAUGUGCAGUCGGUGUUGCGACAAGAAGAGCUGCGGGAACCGAAACGAGACACCGUCAGACCCAGUGAUUAUCGACAGAUUCUUCCUGAAGUUUUUCCUCAAGUGCAAUCAGAACUGUCUGAAAAACGCUGGGAAUCCCAGAGACAUGAGACGCUUUCAGGUGGUCAUUUCGACUACGGUGAACGUAGACGGCCAUGUGCUGGCCGUGUCAGACAACAUGUUCGUCCACAAUAACUCCAAACACGGAAGACGCGCUCGCCGCCUUGAUCCAUCUGAAGCAGCCACUCCAUGCAUCAAAGCUAUAAGCCCCAGCGAGGGCUGGACAACCGGAGGAGCCACCGUCAUCAUCAUCGGAGACAACUUCUUUGACGGGCUACAGGUCGUCUUCGGAACCAUGCUCGUCUGGAGCGAGCUCAUCACACCCCAUGCCAUCCGUGUUCAGACGCCACCCAGACACAUCCCCGGGGUCGUGGAGGUCACACUGUCCUACAAAUCCAAGCAGUUCUGCAAAGGAGCACCGGGACGCUUCGUCUACACUGCUCUGAAUGAACCUACCAUCGAUUAUGGCUUCCAGAGGUUACAGAAGGUCAUUCCACGCCACCCUGGAGACCCUGAACGGUUACCUAAGGAGGUGCUGUUAAAGAGAGCAGCAGACCUGGUGGAAGCUCUUUAUGGAAUGCCUCAUAAUAAUCAGGAGAUCAUCCUAAAGAGGGCGGCCGAUCUCACUGAGGCUCUGUACAGCGUGCCACGCAGCCAUAACCAGCUGCCCUCUCUGACCGGCUCGAGUGCACACUCGGGCAUGAUGGGAGUGAACUCCUUUAGCAGCCAGCUCGCCGUCAACAUCUCUGAGGCCACGCAGGCCGACCAGGGUUAUUCACGUAACUCCAACAGCGUGUCUCCUCGUGGAUACGUGCCGAGCUCCACGCCUCAGCAGUCCAACUACAACACCAUCACCUCCACCAUGAACGGCUACGGAGCCGCCGGCAUGACCAACCUCGGUGUGCCUGGUUCACCCAGCUUCCUUAAUGGAUCCACUGCCAACUCACCCUACGCAAUCAAACAGAAGAGCGCCUUCGCCCCCGUCGUGCGGCCUCAGACCUCCCCGCCCCCCACCUGCACCAGCACCAAUGGGAGCAGUCUACAGGCCAUGGCUGGUCUCAUCGUCCCUCCCAUGUGAAGCAGGAAGAGAGUUUUUUGGCUCACUGAUGAAUAUAAAAUUUCAAGAUUCUCAAGAACUCACCGACUCAAACGUCAUCUUAGUAAAUAUCCUCACAACUUCAUCAUCAUCAUCAUCCUCAUCAAAUGGAGGAAUUUUUCUUCUUUUUUUUCUUCUUUUUUUUAAUCACGGAAAUCUUUUCCACAACCUGGACAAAGUGCAUUAAAAAAAAAAGAUAAAGACUAACAAAAAAAUUUUGUUUAUGUCUUCUGUUGGAUCGACUACCUUUCGAUCGGCAUCUUCCUGGACUCGAUUUGUAAAGAAAUGGCAGCCAAAGCCACGAAUGCGAAGGCAGCUAGAUUGGAGAUGAUUUCAGCGCAAACUGAACCGCUUGGAAAAGUGCAGCUGUGACACUCGGCUUGGCUCCAGACUUUUUUUUAUUUGCAUGCGGAGCGAUCUUGUUUCAUUUUAGUUCAUAUUCGUGAACUUCAUCGGGUAAUGAUGGAGCGAGCCAAGUGAAAAAAGGGAAUAAUCUUAUUGAAAAAAGUAAAAGAUA